AUGCAUGAUACACCAUCCAAAUUCAUCGAAAUCCUUGAUCCAAAGGACUCGCCCUUGCGCUCCGAGUCUGACGUCCGUCUGGAAGAUGUCCUCGCACACCACGAAGCCACCAUCGGUCGUCCUCGCUCCUCUACACAAUCCUCCUCCAAACCCAUGGAUAAGGAUCAGCUUUCGCGCACGAGUUCGGUCUCCCCUACUCAGCGCUGGAAACGGUUUAGCAAUAUGCUAGUCCAGCCACGACGGAGCUCUUAA